AUGGAAAUCCAACACCGCCCAUAUCUCAAAAUAGCUGCCGAGGAUAGUGACGAUUCGUCCCCAGACCCUGAACCGAGAUCAUUUCCAGGGCCAAGAGGAACUUUCCCAGAACCUCCAUUAUCCGGACUUGCGAGUCUGACAAACCCGUUAAAUCGAUAUCAAUUCAACAACUCGGCUAUUUUGAAGCUAUGCGAUGCCACUCGGGCACAAUUGCAAGAGCACCAAUACCUUGGCCCGCGCGCGGAUGAACUGCUCCGACUAUUGAGCGCCAUGAAGAAUGACGAGUUAGAUGGCAGAUACUCGGUAAAUAUAGGCACCAUCAGCGCUUGCCGUUUGGAUAAGCUACUCGUCGACAUGUUACGGCCCGAGAACGCCUGUUCCAGUACCGAAGUCGCCUUGGCAUACAACUUACAGAGAAAAUGGAGGCUGCGUUUCCGGCAAGAAUACUUUGACCUCGAUAAAAAAAGGCUCACAAAGUUUGCGGCGAGUUUGUCUGAAGUGGAGGGAGAUCAGCAGUUCGAGCCGGGGCAAGACUCAACACUAUCAGAGGCUCCAGUCUCGUUGAUUUCCCAAGUUGGCGCCAAAACUCGGCUACUCCGUGGCCAUUGCCUGAAGAGUCCGCUCGCUCCCCAGAGCGGACUGAGAUAUGACGGGCUAUACGUCAUCCGCCAAUACGGACACAAGCUCCAACCGGCAACCGGGCUCCACAGGGUUGUCAUUACUUUAGAGCGCGUCCCGGGGCAAAAACCUAUGGAAGAGCUUUUGCAUAUACCAUGGCCCUCGCAAAUGGAUGACUGGUCAAUGUUUGAGAAGUACGAGGGGGAAAUGGUCAAGAAACAACAGGGGAACGAAGCAUUUACCGAAUGGAAAUUUGAAAAAGAACAAGAGAGAGUCAAUCACUCUCAAUGGGAGAGAGUAACACGAAUGACGGCAGAUUUGCUGCAGAGAAAGCAGGCCAUGGUGCGAUUCGCAGACGACGAUGUAGAAAUCCCCUGA